UGUGAGUACUUCACUCACAUGUGUGUGUGAGUAGUUACUUUUUAGCAUUCAGAUUUAUAGGUUUUCAGAGAAGAAUCAAAUUAAAUAAAAUCACAACAAUGCUUCUACGAAGCUCGUCAACGCCGGUUAUGAAUCCAUGGCUUCCACAUUCAAAUUCAAAGGAUUCGUCUCCUGAACCAGAAUUCUUUCACCGGAACCCGAAAUCCAGAUCCGUUACGUUCUCGCCUUCAUCGAGUUCACUCUCGCCGAUGAAUAAACUGACUCGAGCACUUUCUGAGACGGAUCUUUCAAUUCCGCCUAAUCGGAAGUCUCUCCACCGUCGUCAAAUUGAUGACGACGAUGAAGAGAGCAGAACUCUCGGUUUCGGUGCUCGUUCCAGAUCGGCAUCUUUUAGUUCCGCGUUGAGUUCUUUAUCUGAGAUGGAAGAAAUCCAGACUGGAGUCGAUCUUGACAGUGGUGUGUUGGAGGAAGAAGGAGGUGGCGGUGGUGGAUUUGAUAAAACCGACGGUGGAGUUUCAAGAUUCGGUGAUUCGAAUCAUGGAAACGAUAGUACCGAUUUGUAUUACCGUGCAAUGAUCGAAGCCAAUCCAGAGAAUCCACUUUUUCUUAGCAACUACGCGAAGUACUUGAAAGAGGUUCGUAAGGACUUUGUGAAAGCGGAAGAGUAUUGUGGAAGGGCAAUAUUGGCAAAUCCAAAUGAUGGUAACGUUCUGUCGCUUUACGCGGAUUUGAUAUGGGAGUGUCAUAAGGAUGCUCAUCGAGCUGAGACUUAUUUUGAUCAAGCAGUUAAAGCUGCUCCCGAUGACUGUUAUGUUCUUGCAUCCUAUGCGCAUUUUCUAUGGGAUGCUGAGGAAGAUGAUGAAGUUGAAGAAGAAGAAUCCCCUGAGAAAGGUUUUGGUUUCUUUAAUGGAAGUUCUCUGUCAACAACUCCUCCACCGAUGGCUGCUGCUGCUUGAAUGGCGUCCUUUUGUGGUUUCUGGGUUUUUUCAGUUUUAUGAGUUUUCUAACAUAUGUUUAUAUUAAUUGUUAUUAUUAUUAAUAUUAGGUUAACCUUUUCUAUUAAAUUUUUGGCUGAUGAAUAUAGCUGUAAUAAUGGUCUUUGUUUGCCUCACCAUUAAUGUUGAAAUAGGAAUAAAAGGUGGGGCUUUUGAUUGAGUUGAAUUGUCAAAUCUCUGUCUUCUUGUAGCAUGUUUGUGUAUAGCUGUAUUAUGGUUGGAUA